CUUCCCGGGCGGGGAAUCCGGGCCGGGUUGUGGCCGCGGCCGCGUACGUGAGCGCAGUGUCCCGGAGAGGGAGGGCAGGCCGGCCAGGUGGGCGCGAACGGAGCCUCGGCGGGCGGGCGGCCGGAGCAGAGCGGGGCUGUGGGCCGCUCCGGGUGGGCGGGCGGGGGCAGCUGCAGCUGCAACCCCGAGCCGAGCCGAGCUGUCCGAACGGGAACUGCCCGGCCCGCGGUGCUGCUCGUGGCGGGGCGAGGAAAGGCUGCAGAAUGGCCAGUGUGCUGUCCCGGCGCCUUGGGAAGCGGUCCCUCCUGGGAGCCCGCGUGUUGGGGCCCCCCGGGACUGCCCCACCCUCAGAGCCUCAGACCGAGCUGCUGGAAGGGGCGGCUCCCCAGUCCUUCCUGGCCUCCAAGGACACUUCCUGCCAGGAGCAGCCCAAGGAAAUCCUUAAGGCUCCCGGCACCUCAGGCCUCCAGCAAGUGGCCUUUCAGCCUGGGCAGAAGGUUUAUGUGUGGUAUGGGGGUCAAGAGUGCACAGGACUGGUGGAGCAGCAUAGUUGGGCAGAGGAUAAGGUGACGGUCUGGCUUUCGGAUCAGAAGCUACAAAUCUGCUGUAAGGCGGAGGAGGUGUGGCUGGCCGAGGCCCAGGGCUCUGUGCCCCAGGCACCUCCUCUGGAGCCAGGAACCCCAGUACCAGCCUAUAGGCCUGUCUCCAGAAACAUUGAUGUCCCAAAGAGGAAGUCGGACGCGGUGGAAAUGGAUGAGAUGAUGGCGGCCAUGGUGCUGACGUCCCUGUCCUGCAGCCCCGUCGUGCAGAGCCCUCCUGGGGCCGAGGCCAACUUCUCAGCUGCGCGAGCUGCCGGUGACCCGUGGAAGGAGAGCGGCGAUGUGUCUGACAGCGGCAGCAGCACCACCAGUGGGCACUGGAGCGCUGGCAGUGGCAUUUCUACUCCCUCGCCUCCCCACCCCCAGGCCAGCCCCAAGUAUUUGGGGGAUGCCUUUGGUUCUCCCCAGACUGAUAAUGGGUUUGAGACCGACCCGGAUGCUUUCCUGUUGGAUGAACCGGCUCCACGCAAAAGAAAGAACUCGGUGAAGGUGAUGUACAAGUGCCUAUGGCCAAACUGUGGCAAAGUUCUGCGCUCGAUCGUGGGCAUCAAACGACAUGUCAAGGCCCUCCACCUGGGAGACACCGUGGACUCAGACCAGUUCAAGCGGGAGGAGGAUUUCUACUACACAGAGGCCCUGCCGUCCUUCCAGAUUCCUGUGUCGCCACACAUCUACACCAGUAUUAGCUGGGCUGCCGCCCCCUCCACGGCCUCCUCCCUCUCUCCGGUCCGGAGCCGGUCGCUAAGCUUCAGCGAGCCCCAGCAGCCACCACCGGCAGUGAAAUCUCACCUGAUUGUUACUUCUCCACCCCGGGCCCCGAGCAGUGCCAGGAAAGCCCGCGGGGAGGCUAAGAAGUGCCGGAAAGUGUAUGGCAUCGAGCACCGGGACCAGUGGUGCACGGCCUGCCGCUGGAAGAAGGCCUGCCAGCGCUUCCUGGACUGAACCUGUCCCACCGGCCUGUCCUCUUCGCGCCCUGCCCCAAAUGGCAGCCAGAUGACAAAAGACAGCUGCGUCACAAGCCCUCGGCAGAAACCUAAAAGAAGAAGAGUGGACAUUGGGAGUUUGGGCUCUGUUGGCUAAGGUUCAGUUGUUAAAACAUUUCCCACCCCCCUCACCCUUUUUGGGAACAUUUUUGUUUUUAAAAGAAGAAAGGAAAAUAACCCCCACGCCAAAAUAGGAGAGAGCCAAAACUGACCAAGGGUAUUCUGCAGUGAACCAGAGACCAAAGAAUUAAUUACCCUCUCUUUCCACGUCUCUCUCUAGGGGAUUAGUUUGCAUGUCUCAAAAGACAGAACAGCUCAUUCCAUUUCCUGCUGAGUUGGUGAAGUCUCUGCUUUCUCAACUCUUCCUGAAGGGACUGUGAGCAAGAUGGAUUUACUUGUCUUAAAAAAAAGUUCUGGCUGAUGAGUCCAAGAGCAGGACCUGUCAUGGGUAGGGUGGGGAGAGUGGGGGUGGGGGGGCAAUCUGUGCACUUUUUAAGGUGCAGCCGGCCCCUCUUCUCCCCCCAAAUCUGGGAGAAGGGAGAGCCUGUUCUCACCGAGUGGCUUCCAUGGAAGUAAAAGGAAAACCCUUUCUUGAUGACAACGAUUUGAACCUGGGGUCCCUCAGCUGUUGGGUUGUUUCCCAACAGAUACGGUAUGGCUUCUUCUCAAAGCCCAGACUAGUAGGUUUUUAAAGACUGUCCCCAGAUAGCUGAGCCAAAAGGCUAUAUGAAUUCACUUUUCGAAAAUGUGGCAGUUAAACACUAACUACCUUGACCAUUUCCCCCUCUUUCCUUGAGGAAAAGCUGGAGGGUUUCAGGAUCUGUGAAUGCCCUCUGCUGUUACCUGAGUAAAUGAACUCCCUCUUGAUGUUCCUGCCUCCAGUUAUGGACGUGACACCUCUGAAACACCUUGUGUUCUUUGCCCCGUGCAUUCAGAGCCUUUUAUCUGAUUAAAGUUCCCUUCCGCUGGGGGAGGAGGCCCCCUUCGGCAUCCUCUGCACAGGUUCCUCUGUCUGGUUUUCCCAGGGAUUGUCCUGUUUCCUCCCAAGGCUGCGGUUAGGGGUGGUGUGGGGGGAGGGAAGAGACAAGAAGAGCUAGAAAGGUAGGUGGCGGCUUUGUCCCAGAGAUGGAGAGGGAGUUGGCAGGUUCCAGAUCAUUCUUCCAGAAGAAUCCAGUUUCCCUCGUGAGGUGACAAGUAGGAAGGACAUCUCUCCCAUCAGUGUCCGCAGCUUCUGGAUUUUUAUCUAUGUCUUUCUAAUCCCUGUGAUGAAUGGGAAGGUAGGUUUGAUCCCGAGUAACCUUCUCCGGUUAUCUGCUGAGCACCUUAUCUGCUGAGCACCGUUUCUUGCCUGCACUGGGGAGAGGGAAGGAGCCUUGAGGAACUCUGGUGAGAUGGGGUCAGAUUAGCAGCUUCUGGGCUUUAGCACUUGCAGUUUCUGGAGCCCUCAGGAACUAAGAGGAGCCUGCAUUGGGGUUUGCGAAGUAAAUUAGCAAAGCUAUUCUGGUUGAUGUGAAGGGAGAUGUAGGUGGGGAGUUCAGUGCCCUCCCACCUGUGCUUAGUUGAGAUCAGACAUGUUUAGCCCUCAGGGGAGGGUACGUUUUGUUUGGGAGUUCCUCAAGCCUGCAAGAGCGGGCCACCUGGUGCCACCUGCCCCAGGGCAUCAGCGCUGCUCCUGCAUCCCAGAGGUGAGGGGCUCAGGAAUCCCAUCAAGGCCCCUGUCCUGUGGCUCGGCAGCAGCGUCCAUCCCCUGGGUGUCAUGAGGCUGUCCUCUUCUCCCAGGUGCAACUCCCUGGCUUUCGAGGCUCCUUGGGCCACUUCGCGUGGGAAUUGUGCGGGCACUUGACAAUCUGUGACACCCUGAGUGUUAGCAAACACGCCAACCUUAGAGGCAGGAUGGUGUGAUGAGUGAGAGUGGCCCGGCUUUGGUGAUGGAGGGAAAGACACCCAUGGGGUGUCUUUGGUGGUGAUGGGGUAUGUUUUUAUAAUUUAGUUAAAAAAAAAAAAAGGUAUGUGGAAUCUGUCCCUAAAGCCCGAGACCAGGCCAGCAAGAGGCGGCCCAGGGUUCUCCUUCCUGUCCCUUCCACCUCCCUGAGAAUUAAAAGCUGACAGGUUGUUGCUUGUCCUGACCCCUCGCUUCCAUUCCCUCCCCUCGGUGUCCGUCUUCAGAUCUUACCAGUGAGGGGAGGGAGCGUUUGACACUCGAGGACUCUGCCGGAGCAGUCUUCCCUCCCUCCUUCAUCACAGCUCUUGCUGAGUCUUUAGAAAAGCUGUUUUCCUUUUCCCCCUCAGUUAGGACCGUGGAGCUAUAACUGGAUGCAAAGAUUUCCUCUAAGUAAGGUAGGCUUCUCCUGACGUAGGUACCCGAGGCAGCAAAGGAAGAGAGAAAGAAA